UGUGCCGGAUCUCAUCAGGGUAUGACUUGUGUAAUUUACGCUUGUAAAAAGGGUGAUGCUGCAAUAGGGGAGGCAAUCUAUACGGCAUCUCUCUUCUCCCUCCUACAUGCCCUCAUUCUCAGUGUGUUCUGUUAUCCCAUUCACUGCCCAUGGCUUCUACAAUUUACAGUGUCCUUUUCCUUAGGGCACAGCAAAGAGUUGUGGGUACCUGGAGCAGAACAAGCGGAUGGAACAGAAAAUUACUUGAUUGCAGAGGCAGGUGCAAAAAUGGGCUUGAGAGUCUGCAGACAACAAGAACUAAGGCAACAAUUAUCUCAGGAACUAAACUUGCCAAACAAAUACAAAGGGAAGUGCAGAAGGAGGUUGAGAUCUGGUUGUCCCUUGGAAACAGACGUCCCCAUCUCAGCGUUAUCCUUGUAGGAGACAACCCUGCAAGCCAUACCUAUGUCAAAAAUAAAAUAAAGGCUGCUACUUCUGUAGGAAUUUCAAGUGAAGUGAUACUGAAACCAAGUAAGAUUUCUGAGGAAGAACUGCUAGAUGUUAUACUCAAGUUAAGCCAUGACUCCAGUGUUAGUGGAUUGCUGGUUCAACUGCCUUUACCAGAGCACAUAAAUGAGAGAGCCAUAUGCAAUGCAGUUGUACCAGAUAAGGAUGUUGAUGGUUUCCAUAUUGUGAAUAUUGGAAGGCUGUGUCUAGAUCAGUGGUCUAUAAUACCUGCCACUGCUGCUGCUGUAUGGGAAAUUAUUAAAAGGACAGGUAUUGAAACAUUGGGCAAGAAUGUUGUUGUUGCCGGACGUUCGAAGAAUGUUGGUAUGCCAAUUUCUAUGCUUCUGCAUACUGAUGGAAGACACGAGAGACCAGGAGGUGAUGCAACAGUGACCAUAACACAUCGAUAUACCCCAAAGGAUCUGCUGAAGAGUCACACACAGUUGGCAGAUAUCAUUAUUGUGGCAGCAGGUAUUCCAAAACUAAUCACUGCAGACAUGAUUAAAGAAGGUGCCACUGUGAUUGAUGUAGGAAUUAAUCACAUAGAAAAUCCACUAACAGGGAAAACAGUCAUUGUAGGUGAUGUGGACUUUGAAGGGGUCAAAGAAAAAGCAGGCUUUAUCACACCUGUUCCUGGAGGCGUGGGACCAAUGACUGUCGCAAUGCUUCUGAAAAACACACUGUUGGCUGCAAAGAAACUAAUUUACUAGAAGCCAGUCUCACUGUUUAACGAAAAAUUUAUAUCUGCUGUCAUGUACAAUACAAAUAUGUAAUUACCGGAGACUUAGAAAAUAAAGUUGACAUUGAUAAUACUAUUUUUUUUUAAAACUUUUAACUAUGUUAUACUUCCAUAUUGGGCCAGAUUCAAUUCAGUGAGUUCA